AUGCAGCCCUUCUACUUCCACACGACCUUGAACCACUCGAACAUCGUGGCUGUGGUAGAAGUGGUGGCUGAAGGCCGGAAGAGGGAUGGCGCCCUGCAGGUGCUGUCAUGUGGGUUUGGGAUUCUUCGCCUCUUCGGCAGUAAGCCAGAGUCUCCCACCUCCACUGCCCAGGACAAACGGUUGAGGCUGUACCAUGGCACCCCCAGGGCCCUCCUGCACCCACUUCUUCAGGAUCCUGUAGAACAGAGCAAGCACAUGACGCUGAUGGAGAGCUGCAGCCUGCAGUACACCCUGAAGCCACACCCGCCUCUGGAGCCUGCCUUCCACCUGAUCCCCGAGAACCUCCUGGUGUCAGGUCUCCAGCAGAUCCCCGGCCUCCUCCUGCCUCACGGGGACACGGGUGAUGCCCUGAGGAAGCCUCGAUUUCAGAGGCCCACCACAUGGCACUUGCAUGACCUCUUCUUCACCCUGUACCCCUCCUUGGAGAAGUUUGAGGAGGAGCUUUUGGAAGUGCUCAUCGCCGACCGCUUCCGCGAGGGGGUCAGCCCGCUGGAUAGCGGCACCCUAGAGGUCCUGGAGCGGCGCCUGCAUGUCGCUGUCCACAAUGGCCUGGGCUUUGUGCACAGGCCACAGGUGGUCGUGCUUGUACCUGAGAUGGACGUGGCUUUGACGCGCUCAGCCAGCUUCAGCAGGAGAGUCGGUGCCUCUUCUAAGAACAGCUCUGCAAACCAGGUUCUGGUCUUGAGAAGUCACCUGCGACUCCCGGAGAUGGUCAGUCACCCGGCGUUCGCCAUUGUCUUCCAGCUGGAGUACGUGUUCAACAGCCCCCCAGGGGUGGACGGCAGUGCAGGCUCGUCCACCUCUCUCUCCAACUUGGCCUGUAUGCACAUGGUUCGCUGGGCCGUUUGGAACCCCGAGCUGGAAGCGGGCUCAGGAAAGGUGAUGCUGCCGCUUCAGGGUGGAGUCCAGCACAACCCUUCACGAUGUCUGGUCUAUAAGGUGCCUUCAGCUAGCAUGAGCUCUGAGGAGGUAAAGCAAGUGGAGUCGGGAACUAUCCAGUUCCAGUUCUCCAGGGGCUCGGACACGCCCACACAGCAUGCCAGCGGCCCCAAGGCCUGGCGGCGCUCCUCCAGGAAGACACCCGUGUCCCCUUCAGGCACGCCAGCACCAGUGCAGGAUCUUGCUGCGAUCCAGGACUCUCCUGUGGGACCAGGGCUGUCGCUUUCCCAGCUGGCAGCCUCCCCACAGUCUCUGGCUCCACGGAGCUCUUCCAAGCCCCCUCCUCAACCCCUGGACAGUCUCAAGUCCCUGGAGGGACCCCAGAUCCAGGCAGUAAGUUGA